AUGUCAUCUUCUGGCAAGGUCUCCAAGGCAUCAACAGAAUCCAACAGACGCGUUAUCUUCAUCCAUCCAGAUCUGGGUAUCGGUGGUGCAGAGCGUCUCAUUGUCGAUGCUGCUGUGGGCUUGCAAGAGCAGGGGCACAAAGUCACCAUCUUCACUUCCCACUGUGAUCCUCAACAUUGCUUCGAAGAAGCUCGAGAUGGCACCUUAGAUGUCCGAGUUCGCGGCAACAGCCUUUUCCCUCCCACUCUCCUCAAUCGCUUCCACAUUCUUCUUGCCAUCCUCCGUCAGAUUCACCUUGUCCUCGCCAUCUCACUUUUCAGCAAUGAGCUGGAUCAGCUGCAGCCGAGUGUCUUUGUGGUUGACCAGCUAUCUGCCUGCGUCCCCUUACUGAGAUGGCUGUAUCCUUCUCAACAACGCACUUUGUUCUACUGCCACUUCCCCGAUCAGCUCCUAGCAGAUCGUCACACAGCGGGCCUGCUUGGCUUGGCCAAAUCCAUAUACAGGCUCCCUUUUGACUGGCUGGAAGGCUGGAGCAUGAGUGCAAGUGACAAGAUCGUCGUCAAUUCGACCUUCACAAAAUCGGUGGCUGCUAGAACUUGGCCGGAUCUGGCCGGAUCGGUCGGGGUAAUCUACCCUUGCGUUGACGUGUCAGCUCAAGCAAGUCAAGCUGCGGUGCAGGAGAAGCCACUGUGGGACGGCAAAUUCAAGAUCUUCCUCAGUAUAAACAGGUUUGAGCGCAAGAAGAAUGUAGGCGUCGCCAUUAGAGCCUAUCACAAUUUAUCGUCCAAAAAGCGUCAGGGUGCGCGGUUGGUACUGGCUGGUGGGUAUGACCAGCGAGUGGCUGAAAACGUUCAGUAUCACAAAGAACUGGUUGAGCUAGCUGAAAGUCUAGGAUUGGCAACAGCAACAGCGAGGACAGCCCCUACAGCACUUGCCAUUCCUGAUGACAUCCAGGUCUUGUUUCUGUUAUCUGUGCCCGGCCCCUUCAAGGAGACGCUGCUCAACAACGCGCAGCUAUUGCUUUACACUCCUACAAAUGAACAUUUUGGUAUCGUACCCGUGGAAGCGAUGCUACAUGGAGUUCCAGUGCUGGCCUCCAACACCGGUGGUCCCCUUGAAACCAUAGUCGACGGGAAAACUGGUUGGUUGCGCGAUGUGUCCAACCUCGAGGAUUGGACCGAGAUCAUGAGACUGGUCAGCACAAUGAGCGCGUCAGACCUUCGUCAGCUCGGCCAGAGCGGCAAGGAGCGAGUUCGUGAGCAGUUUUCGCGGCCCACUAUGGCCAGCAAAUUCAGUCUCGAGAUGGACCGGAUGCUCAAGGAGAAGAGAAGCAAAUUCCUGGAGAGAAAAGAUAUUGUGCUCGGCCUUUGGCUUGUGCUGGCCUUUGCCGCGGCCUUGUUUGCGACCAUCAUCAAAGCGAAAUAUGGUCGUGGAGAUAGACGAGUGACCGAGUUUGCCCGCGCUCGGAGGAUGCACUCGGACGCUGACGAGGCGGUCAAAUUAUUUCCAGCCGCGGAGCCCUGA